AUGGCUGUGCCUCUGAUCACUGACAAGGCAAAGAUUGGUGUGCCUGAUCACAUGGCCAAAGCAAAUGUGGACUGGCACGUCCACCGUCCGGUUUAUCUUGGCAAGGUGUUUGCAACAAACAAUGGAGUCAGUCACAAGACAUAAGACAAAGGGCAACAUCAUUACAAGGAUAUAGAAAGUGCGACUCACCUCAAGACCAUUCUGCUUGUGGGGCAGGCAGUUGCACUCUCCUCGGUAGGUGCGGUUACCACGGUACUGUUUGUAUCACAAGACAUGGUCAAACAAGUUGUAGAGGCAGUCAAGGGUGUCAAUGUGUGGGGAAAAUCAGCCACAGCGCAGCACUCCAUGAUCCCCACGUAG